AUGAUCGAUAACAACGGCAGUGGGCCUUCUACUACUAUCACCACUACUACUACCGCUACUGUUACUGAUCCCUCGAACAACAAUACUUCUCUUCUAUUCGACACAACCAACCUGUCCGCCCCUGCAGAAUUUCAGGACCCACACUGGGCUGGUUCGAAUAGCAACAACCACGACAUCAACAAUAACAACAACAGCUGCAACGAAAAUGAGCAAAACAAACGCAAACGAAAUGGCUCACUUGAUUCUGUAGAAGCCCUUGAACAUUCAGUCGCUCCAUCACAACGCGACCAACAAGAAGUCUUACUCGAUGAUUCGCUGUCCUUGGAUGACCUUCGCAAACCCGGUCGCAAGCCAUUGACGGAAAGCGUUUUUGACGAUGAUGACGAGGAUCCGAAAGUCAAACGUAAGGUCCAGAACCGUGCUGCGCAACGAGCGUUCAGAGAACGAAAGGAACGCUAUGUGCGUGAACUUGAAAUAAAGAUCCGCCAGAUUCAGAACCAACAUCUGCAUACCACCGCUCAGCUGUCGCAAGAGAACCAAUACUUGCGCGCCGUUAUCCACCGCUUGAAAGCCGAGCUUUGUACGCUUAAAGGGUUGCCCCUGGAGAGCGGUGGCGAUGUGAUCCCGCCGUUGCCUGCAUGGCAGCACGCAACAUCAGCACAAACACCGUCAGCAGCACCACUUUCUAGCGAUCUCGCACCAUUUCUGACACUGGGAGGAGCAGGGGGCCCGCAUUCACCGAUCACACCGACUCUGUCUCGACCACGCCCUGUGGCGAUUGCCCCCCGAGGCACGCCGCCAUCCCCAGCAAAGCGUCCCAUUGCAGCGGCCAAACGGCGGCCAGUUCCGACACUGCCACAAAAGCAAGAGACAAAAAAGUCGACCAACUCGGAUCAGCGCAACGAUCUCGUGCAAAAACAACACAUUCAUCAACAUCAACUUCAUCAAUAUCAGCAUUCACCUCAACAUCAAGUACCACAGCAACAAUAUUUACCAAACAACAACAACGCGUUUUCCUCCUCCUCUACACCAUUUAGUGAUAAUAACAACAGCAGUGCAAGCUCACAUCCUGCUCUUUAUGUUCAAUUCAGUCCAGAAGAGAAACCACAGGACGACUUUACCACCGCCACCGCCGUCCAAGGGCGCCGCUGCAACAUCCCUUCUGCCGACGCUUACUUAUCGUCCGACAAACAAGAUACCACUGAGAAGAACGCUGUUGUACAAGAGGAUGAGUCGCAACGUACACGCGUCCAAACCGUCUGGCGUCGUCUGAAUCUGUAUGGUCGCUUCUCAGACUUUGACUUUGACCAACUUUCUCGGGUUGCUCAAAUGGCAGAUCAUCGUGAUGGUGCACAGAUGUCAAUGGGUGGAGGUGUUCCUGUGAUGGAGGACUGGGAGUUGGAUAAGCUAAUGCUUCAAAUCGACUCUGAUCAUUUGUAA